GGUGUCGAAGUCUAAGUGGUGAGGUUUGGAACCGUUGUUCGGUUGUGCACUUAUCACCAUGGUUGACACUCGCAGUGGGAAGAGCACCAUGCCGUAUAGUAAGGCUCGAGAGGAGCAGGCCGCCGCCAUCCUGAGAGAGAGAAACGAGACGAAGGAGCUCCUUAGACAAGCGAAGUUAAAGAUGAUAGCAGAAGAGCAGGCGGCGAAGAAGAAAAAGCUAGAGGAGGAGAUGCAAAGAUUGCAGCAAGAGGAGGAAGAAAGAAUGAGAGCUGCAAAGGAGGAAGAGGUUGAAGAGGAGGAAGAGCAGCCAGAAGAAGAGCCCCUCAGAAGACGACUAGGGGAAGGAGAAGGAAGCAGUGGCACGAAAGAAGAUGACCCGUGGGUGGAAAGGAUGAUAUCUGAAUGGGUGGCUAAUUUAUUGUUGGGUGAAGACGAGGCGGCGAUGUUAUAUAUCCCUCAGGAGGAGAAGGAAGCAGCAGUCAAGGAGAUUGAGGCAACGAGUGAUCCCCUCGAACGCCAGACCAUAGAGAAUGAGAAGAGGUUGGACUGGAAGUUACUUCUGGCAAGGGAGAAGAAGAGGAGGAAGGAGGAAGCCAACACGAUGGCCAGAGAGGUGGAGAGUUUACAAAUGUGUAGACAGGAAGUAGAGGCCGAACCUGAUGUUCAGGUGAAGUUAGACAAGAUCCUUGACAUUGAGCUCCUAGGCGAGCCGGUGAAAAUGCCGCCGGAGAUACAGGGAGAAGUUGCUAAAUACCCUGAUCUAUUUGAAGAGCCGAAAGGGGUUGUUGAGAGGGAGGUUGUCCACGCAAUAGAGAUUAUCCCAGGGUCCAGCAUCCCGAAGGGUAGGAUCCAUGGGAAGUCUCUAGGCGAACUUGAUGAGCUUCUCCGACAACUCAAGGAACUCAUAGAAAAGGGUUGGAUCCGGCCGAGUGUCUCCCCUUAUGGAUCACCAGUUUUAUUUGUGCCAAAGAAGGGGGGUACACUAAGGAUGUGCAUUGACUAUAGGGGCCUCAAUGCCAUCACUGUUAAGAACCGAGAGCCCCUACCUCGCAUCGACGAUAGAGUGCAAGGAUGUCGGUACUUCAAUAAGGUAGAUCUGAAGUCCGGGUACCAUCAGAUUGCAAUACGGCCUGAGGAUCAGCACAAAACCGCUUUUCAUACCAGGUACGGUCUGUACGAGUUUGUGGUGAUGCCUUUCGGCGUUUGCAAUGCUCCCGGCACCUUUCAGCAUGCUAUGGAUCGGAUCUUUCAUGACUACUUAGACAAAGUCCUCUGUCUCGUUCGGCAGUACAAGUUCAAGAUCAACGGGGAGAAAUGCGAGUUUGGUCGCACCUGGAUCUUGUACUUGGGUCAUGAGAUUUCCGCGAAGGGUUUGAAGCGCGAUGACGCGAAGGUGGCCAUCAUUUGUGACUGGCGGCGUCCUCAGUUUGUGAGUGAGAUGAGGUCUUUCUUAGAAAUGACCGGCUACGAACGUAACUUUGUUAAGAACUAUAGUAUAGUGGCUGCCCUUUUGACUGAUCUGACCUGCUUGACACCCCAUGGGAGUGGACAAACAGUUGCAGAGCAGGGAACGCAGCUGCAGAUGACAGCAGGGAACCAUCCCGAGGCGAAUGGGCAAGCUGAACAGUUGAACCGCGCUCUAUUUCGCAGGCAUUUACAGAGCUGCGUGGUAAAAACUCUGCAAGGAGACUUUGGGAUUGGGGGCGAGCCCUGUACACCUACUCUUGUUGGGCAACGACUGCCUUUGGGUACCGCGUGGAACCCGGCUAUGGCGCCAGGUAAGGUCUCCGUUUGCAGGUACCACGUGGAGCCCGGCUAUGGCGCCAGUCCUACUAAAGAUGAGAAUAUCGUCGAGGUACACGACGAUAAACUUGUCUACUUCAUCGCGUGCGAGAACGUACCAGGUGAGGAUCCCACUCUCGCGGAUUUCACCGCGUUCCUCCAUGACCACUACGGCACUCUCCACGAUGCGAUUGACGCCUUAGAUCGAGUCACCCAGAUGCAGUGGUGCGGGUCCUCCGCACCAGCCGAUCGUGAGCAUCACAUUAGAGUGUUUCAUGAUGCCCGCCUCAUUUGCGAUGAGGCACUCCUACCUGAGGUCCUUUUGACCAACAGGUUCGUAGUCAGUCUCCCGAGUGACUACCGCAUCGAGCUCUGGCUACAGAGCUUCGCCUUCUCCGAGCAGGCCUAUGAGGCUGCUCGACAGUACCAGAAGAAUCGGAGUCGCUUCUCCGACACCUCAUCUUCUUCGCGAGCCACCUCCGGCGCCACCCAGUCACGCGGCACCACGCGUGGUCGAUCCUCCUUCACCAGCCGCUUUCGCCGACCAACUCGACCCGGAGCGCCACUCUCUCGGCGCUACAGUUCUCUAGAGUACGGCGAGGACGCCUCGACCGAGCUUGACCCUACCCUUGGGGAUGCCCCCGAGGACAUCGAGCUUCGAGACGUCAUCCAGUAUCACUUGGAUGGCGACACUAUUGCGGUCGCCGAGCGCCUGCAGAUGGCCAUGUCCGCCAUGGGUCGUGUGCGCACUCGGGUUGCACAGGUUGGCGCUCGCACGAUCACGGCUCCUCAGAUCGACCUCCCGCAGGGUUUUGUUCCUCGCAGAGCUCUAUCUCCUAAGGAGCGCGCCGCCCUCGAGGCUCGACUCAUUGCCUUCGUUGCCGCUAGGAUGGACACCUCCUCACGGUGUCCACUCCAUGCCGCCCUCGAUCGGCACUAUGCUGACAUUUCUCGUGAGCGCGGAUCUCAGUCCCCCCUCGGCCCCACCCCGCCAGCCCGCCCCACUAAGCUAGCCACGGUGCAGUGUACCGUUCAGGCCUCGCGCGUAGCCGGCUUCCCGACCACCGAGUCGCUAUUUGCCCCUUUGGCUACCCCACCAGAGGAUUCUCAGGACACGACAGACGCAGUUCCCUCUGCCCCGCCGUUUGUCGAGGUACCGCCUGCCCCACAGCAGACCGCCGCAUCUAGUCCUUCCCCUUCGAGACUUCCGACUUGUCGCGCCAUUCGCACAACUCGUUGCAGUGCCCAGCUGGCGACUCGCGAUGACAUUGUGUAAUCUCUCCUGGAUUUGAGCAUCCUUCAGGCUCCCCAGGAGCGAUUGACGAGACACGUAAACGU